AUGUACUCGGAAGAUUCGGAACCGGCGCCGAAGAAAGCUCGGAGCAGAAUCUCGGAGUUCUUGCAGCCCCAAGAUAGCUCAGACAUGGAAGAGGCUGAUCCAGCGUUGAUCAACUUCCAUGAACCUGCUACCAGCCGCCCGUCUUUCGGUCCUCCGCCUAACCGGUCCUCUUUAUCCGUACCCAGCCUGCAGAACAUCCAAGAACACGACGACCUGAUCAACAUGAGUUUUGAGGAAAAUCCUGCUCCAAAGCCGGCAUUGGUUCUACCUGGCCCUUCCAACUCCGGGCCAUCUCUUCUAAGCACAUCUGCUGAGUCUAUCUCAAGAGCCGGAAGCUUUCCCAGAACUUCCCUCAAGCCGGUACUCCCCAGACUAUCUUCGAUCCGUGCCCUUCCGCGGUUAUCUUCGGCAUCUCCAUCCCGCCGCCUAUCCGGCUCCCUCUCAGGCUCUCCAAAAAAUCUCCGCCUGUCCUUCGCGUCCCCCCGCCGCUUAGUGUUUCCAGCCGGUAUGUCCAACCAGGCAAACCAGAACAGCGUCAAGCUUCGGUGGGCCGGGCCAUCGGUGCCAAUAGCAGAGCAGGACGAGCCGCUCAUUCGGCAGGUUGAGCAGUCCUUCUUCGGCCAUCUGAAGGCCCACUUCGACGGCAAAAAAGUCCAGGGAAGAGUCAGAGAGCUCGUCCAGCAAAUCUCGUCGAUGUGGUACCACACCCACCAACUGAUCUGGGAGAUCACCAACGCCCAGACCCGGUUCAGUGUCACUGUCGACAUCCUUGAGCCGUUGCCGGCCAAACGCAGGGCCCGUGUCUCCGCCGCGCCCACCCCGGGAAGCCUGACCAUGGACGUCCGCGUCUCCAUCCGCUGA